AUGGCGUUAAAUCAAGAAGAAAAAUUGUUUUCUGAAGAAAAGCUUGAUGAUGGGUGUUCAAUUGAGGAAUUUCUGGAUAGAAAGGGUAAAAAUCUGGACCAAUCUGUUGAAUCUGAUUCCGAGAAGGUGUGUGAAGAUAUUGGUGAUAUUUUGCCUAAUGAUCCCUUCGGUAUGGGGGUUACUGUAGGUUUACCUACCGAUCCAUUUGGUAUGGAUUUCAAUAUUGGCGCCACUGUCGCUGCAAUAACGGGUUGGAUUGAGGAUAUUGAGAAGGAUUUUGGGAGAAAGAGUUCUGGGUUCGAGAAGGGUGAAGCUUCUGAGGAUAAAAAGGCCGAUAACAAAUUAUUUGCCGGACUGAAUUUUAUUUUGAGCAGCUCCGUGAAGUUUGAAUCUGAAGUAGGAGAUGAAAAGGUAGUCGAUCAGAACUCAGUUGAUUUGGUUAUGGAUUCUGAUAAUGAUUUGGAUCAUGAUUUGUAUGAACACCAUCUGUUGGGUGGUAAUAUAGAGGAGUUAAUACGUUUUGGAUGUGAAAAAUAUUCGAUAUCGAGUGACGAUAAGAAAGCAAACGAACUUGUCACAAAUUGUAAUGAUGGCAAUGAAGGUGCUCCGCCUGAUGCUUUGUUCUUUGCACUUGGUUAUCUUGGUGUGAGGGACCUACUUUCUGUUGAAAGGGUUUGCAGAUCUCUGCGGGAUGCUGUUCAGAAUGAUCCCCUUUUGUGGAGAGAUAUUCAAAUAGAUUACCCAUUGAAUGUUAAGAUCACUGAUGAUGCUCUUGUGGAGUUAACGGACAGGGCUCAAGGGACUCUUCGCAGCCUCAACCUUGUCGACUGCUUCAAGAUCAAGGAUUCGGGUCUGAAAAGGGUGCUCGAAAAAAACCCGAGGUUGACCAAGUUAAGCGUACCGGGAUGCAUUAAACUUAGCAUUGAAGGUGUUUUGUCUAACUUAAAGUUCUUCAAGUCUUCCGGCAAGACUGGUAUCGAGCAUCUGAGAAUCGGUGGAAUUUGCAUUAUAAAAGAUGAUCAAUUAGAAGAGUUGAGGCUUUUAAUAGGUGCAGAUAAGGACAAACAGGGCAGUGCCAACAAACCGCGUUUCUAUUGUUAUGGGCAGUUGUAUCUAUCAUUGGAUGAUGAAUGUGCGAUUGACGUUGAAACGUGUCCGAGAUGCCAGCAAGUGAGACUAGUCUAUGAUUGUCCAGCCGAGAGUUGCCAGAAAAAGCCCCUCACCUCACAAUCAUGCAAAGGUUGCACUUUUUGCAUUGCUCGCUGUAUCAAUUGUGGGCGCUGUCUAAAUGAUACUGAUUACGAGGAGACAUUCUGUCUGGACUUGAUUUGUCUGGGUUGCUGGAUGGAUAUCUUGAAUUGUCAGGAGGGAGUCAUGCUUUCACCGAGAAACGCUUAUGUUCAUCAGCAGGCGAGUUACUGCUUUUACCUCUAUGGCUAA